UGUAAACUAAAUUCUGCCGAGUUUCAUCCAACCUCACAAGUGAUGCUAGUAGCUGGUAUGAAUCAGACUCUAAAUCUGUUUCAGGUUGAUGGCAAAAAUAACUCAAAGAUACAGAGUAUAUUCUUAGAGAAUUAUCCAAUAUACUCAGCUCAUUUUAGUGCCAAUGGAGAGGAGGUUAUCAUGGGGUCAAAACAUAAAGGUUUUCAUUAUUAUGACAUGAUGGUUGGAAAGAUGAUCAGUGUACCUCCUGUUAAAGGUUUAGGAGAAGUAAAUAUGAAGAGAUUUGUUGUGUCACCUGAUGGAAGAUUUAUAGCAUUCCUAGGACUUUAUGGAAAUAUUCACUUAUUGUCAGCCAAGUCGAAAGAAUGGAUCUAUACACAGAAGAUGAAUGGUAGUGUAGGUGGUGUAUGUUUUUCACAAGAUGGAAGUACAAUGUAUUCAUAUGGAGAUGAUGGUGAUGUAUAUAUAUGGGAUAUGAAGACACGUGACUGUAUUCACAGAUUUAUAGAUGAUGGAUGUACAAAAGGAAUGUCUAUUGCUGUUUCUUAUGAUCAUAAUUUCUUAGCUUGUGGAUCAUAUAGUGGUGUGGUGAACAUUUACGAACCAUCAGUGUGUCUUAAAUCUAGGUCACCCAAACCAUUGAAAGCAUUAUUAAAUUUAACCACACCUUGUACAAACUUAGUAUUUAAUUCAACAUCAGAAAUAUUAGCUAUGUGUUCAGAUUCUGCAGAAAGAGCAGUAAAAUUAGUACAUGUGCCUUCACAGACAGUAUUCUCUAACUUUCCUGACAGACUAGAUUCUAAAUUACGUAUCCCUUUGUGUAUGGACUUCUCCAGAAAUAGUGGUUAUUUUACAGUUGGCACAAACAAGGGUUUAGCCCUACUUUACAGGGUGAAGCACUACAGCAAUUACUAGUCAUAUCUAUAAAACAAACAAUUAACAUGCAGGUCAUCUAAAAGGAAAUAAAGACCGGUUAACAUCAAAUAAAAACCUGAUUCA